AUGCCUUCCAAAGGAGGAAUCUCUAUCGAUGCAAUUAUUUAUUACUUGGCUUUGGUGGAUAGAGAUCGAUUUGUGGUUGUUAGUUUCGACAUUAGAUCUGAAGAGUUCAACAUGAUCCAAGUACCCAAGCUGCAUGAAGAUGCCCCGGUAGAUACCCCAGAUCUGACUCUUUUGGAGCUUGGAGGAAAAGCAACUCUAUGUGACCCAACCAAUCUUAGAGACAAGGGUGUCUUGGCCUUAUGGACCCUGGAAGAUGUCGGGAGCAAGAAAUGGUCGUCCAAGAGUUUGGUUUUGAAGCCUUCUCAGCUGCCUUUAGUCGACAGCAUUACAUUCAGGGUAAAAGGUACAACUCAAAACGGCAAGGUUUUCCUGAUACCAAAGGAUUUUCUUUCUCCUUUUCACAUUCUCUCUUAUGAUAUGCAAAACAAUGAUAUGAGAAAGAUUGAGAUCAAAGGUAUACCGGACGUCUGGUUUAAUAUGUACGAAGAAGCUGACCUACAUUUUGAUGUGAUGUUUAUGGACCAGAGUGAGAGCCCAAUCUAUAUUGAUUUCCUGUCCUGUUUUGACUGGGGAGAUGGAGAUUGA